AUGGAAAUUGGGGCACCCAUGGCAUCAGCUUAUUUACUUGGUAAUCCAGAUCAUUACACCAGCCACAAGUUCCAGACUGUAUUUUGGAAAUCUUAUGUAUCAGAAGUACUGCAGAGCUGGGAGGAUGACAAUCCAUCUGAAGAUACAGAAAAUAUCAGUGCAACACUGAAAAAUAAAGUAAUGGUUUGUAAAAGUAAAGAUGGCUACACCCCUUACAGUACAGUUAUGGACUAUACACAUCAUGCUCUAAAAUAUGAAGAUAUGAAUUUAUAUGACUGGAUCAGAUUAUCGCGCAAGAAACCAAUCCCAAAGCCCAAACCUAAUAAAAUCAAGAACUGA